UUGCGUGUGAACGAAGGGAGGGCUAGCCUGUAAUAGGAAGCGGGCGCCGGCGCCCAGACAAGUGGGGUUGAGAAGGACGCGGCAAGCCUCGCACGCGGAACGCCCGUCAGUCUCGGGAGCCAAAGGUGGAAGCUCCCCGCUGGAGCGCCUUUGGAGUUUCCGCCCCAGGGAGAGAAAUGCUGCGGGCGACCUUCUUUAUUACGCAACAGAGAAAUGAGGACAAUGGGUGGAGGAGGUGAUUUGAGGAGCUACAUCAUGCAGUUAUCUGUUUUAAGCUGUUUAACAAGGACUCUUUGCAUCAGUAAAUAUCCAGCCACGCCACAAAGCCUUCUACUACAUUUCACUGCAGUCGGCCCCGUUCCUGUGGGCAGACAUGACACUCCAAGCUGUGCUAGAGACUGUAGAAAAUGGGAAGCAAGAUACUGUCCUCAAGGUGCUACAGAUCUACAACCAGGAGAAUUCUCAUUGUUUCACCUUUGAUGAUGAAGAACAGGAAGGAAGAAAGAAACUGGCCAUGCUUCUGAUCAAGUUCUUGGAGAGAGUUCUCCAGCCUUCUUGCCAAGUGACGUGCUUGGAAAGCAUACGAAUUCUGUCCCGGGAUAAAAAAUGCCUUGGCCCUUUCACCACCAUGGAAAGUCUGAAGACACUAGCCAGGCAUGCUGGGAUUGUUUAUGGGGAAGAGCAAAUCCUGGAGGUUCCUGAUCUGGAUGUAAUUCUGGAGGCACUUAAGUGCCUCUGUAAUAUUGUCUUCAGUAGUCCCCGGGCUCAGGAACUGAUGGCUGAGGCUCGGUUUGUGGUGGGACUUACAGAUCGCAUCAAACUCUACAAUGAGAGAAACUUCCCCCAUGACAUAAAAUUCUUUGACCUGCGCCUUCUCUUUUUAUUGACGGCACUAAGGGUGGAUGUUCGGCAGCAGGUUGCACAAGAACUUCGAGGUAUUGGUUUAAUGACAGAUACCCUGGAACUUACACUGGAAGUAAAAUGGAUUGAUCCUCAUGAGGUAGCUACCAAAGGGGAUCCUUCCCUGCCAUUACCUCGGCAGGAGACAGAGCGUGCUAUGGAAAUCCUGAAGAUCCUCUUCAAUAUCACUUUUGAUAUCAACAAAAAGGAUGUGGAUGAGGAAGAUGCUGCUCUAUACCGACGUCUAGGUGCCCUUCUCCGUCACUGCCUGAUGAUUUCAGCAGAUGGUGAUGAUCGGACAGAAGAAUUUCACAGCCAUACAAUCAACCUUUUGGGCAAUCUGCCUCUCAAGUGUUUAGAUGUUUUGCUGACUCCCAAGGUCCACCGGGGCUCCCUUGAAUACAUGGGAGUCAAUAUGGAUGCUGUCAAUGUUCUCCUGAGUUUCCUUGAUCGACGUCUUGAUAGGGGUCAUAAACUCAAGGAGAGUCUUACCCCGGUGUUGAACUUGCUGACUGAAAGUGCCCGGGUCCAUCGACAGACAAGGAAAUUCCUUAAAACAAAGGUACUUCCUCCAUUACGGGAUGUGAAGAAUAGACCUGAGGUGGGAAACCUGCUGAGAAAUAAACUUGUACGCCUCAUGACUCACAUUGACACGGAUGUGAAACACUGUGCUGCAGAGUUCCUGUUUGUACUCUGCAAGGAAAGUGUGUCACGGUUUGUGAAGUACACGGGAUAUGGAAAUGCUGCUGGUCUUCUGGCAGCACGAGGCCUCAUGGCUGGGGGUCAGACAGAAGGAGAAUACUCUGAGGAUGAAGAUACUGAUACAGAGGAAUACAAGGAAGCAAAACCCAAGUUACUAUAUGAUGUAUUUAGCAUUAAUCCUAUUACGGGACGUGUGGAGGAAAAGCUUCCCAAUCCAAUGGAAGGAAUGACAGAUGAACAGAAGGAGCUUGAAGCAAUGAAACUGGUGAACAUGUUUGACAAACUGUCCAGACAGCAAAUCAUCAGACCUAUGGGCCUGGAUCCUGAUGGCAAUUUAAGCUCUCUCAACGUAACCUCCCUGGAUGAAGCUGUUCAUCAGAUGGCUGAGCAAAGGUUAUCAUCUGAUUCUGAUUUGGAAAUAGACUGAGUCACCCUCCUCUAUUUCUCACAAGUCUAUGGACCUGCUAUUGUCUCUAUAUAUCAGGACUGAUCUUCUGAUACAAACACCUGGAAAAAAACUUUUGAUGGCUUAGAUUCCUCCACCCAGAUUCAUCUAAUUUCUGUUUUGGCAGCCCUACAGCACUUCUUCUGUUGAAAGCUUUUUAUAGUUUUGUCUUUCUGACUGUCUUUUCUCCUCAUUGUUUAAGAGUUUCAUCCUCUGGUGGUUUCAAGUGAGCUUAUAGCACAUGAAACAUUAAGAGUACACACAUGUAGUCAAUUGUUUAGGGAGAAAAAAUUGUUAUGAAUUAGGGAUUUAAGUUAAUCCCUGGGCCAAACACAACAUUUAAAAACUAUGUUAUAGUUGAUACACAUGGGAACUGUAGGCAAAUAUGAAUGUGUAUGUAUAGUAUACAUGUCUAGAAAUAUAUUAUGAAAAUGUGUGAACAAAGUGCAUUUUUAUGAAUGUAUUGUGUGACAAUCAAUGUAGUUGCAUACCAUUCUUUUUUAGAACACCUUAAGGAUGGUUGGAAAGGGACGCAGUGGCUCAAUGGCUAAGACGCUGAGCUUGUCAAUCAAAAAGUUGGCAGUUCAGCAGUUUGACUCCCUAGUGCUGCAUAAUGGGGUGAGCUCCCGUUACUUCUCCCAGUUUCUGCCAACCUAGCAGUUCAAAAGCACGUAAAAAAUGCAAGUAGAAAAAUAGGGACUACCUUUGGGUGGGACGGUAAAAGCAUUCUGUGCGCCUUUGGUGUUUAGUCAUGCCAGCCACAUGAACAUGGAGACAGUGCUGGCUCUUUGGCUUUGAAACGGAGAUAAGGCCACUAGAAUCAGGUACAACUAGCACAUAUGUACGAGGGGAACCUUUACCUUUUAAGGAUGGUUGGAAAUCUUCACAAGAACCAUAGUUGAAAGUAUGAGUAUGAGUGUAUGUGUGUAGGUAGGUAGGUUCAAGGAAGUAUGUUUAAAUAAAUGCGGGAAUGUAGGAUUUCCAGUGAAGAAAUGAGGAGCUAAAGACAGGGGAGCCAACUAUUACAGUGGAAUGAAGAGACAACCAGUGGACCAACUCUUUUGGAUUCCUCUCCAGAUAAGGAAAGGACUUGGGAUUGUCCACACAUGGUCCAGGCAGUUGCUCCUCAUGAAGAGUCCAGCAGGUUUAGGGCUUUGGAAGAUGAGAAGCACUAUCUUCAUCCAAACCAUAAUCCAUGUCCUUUUGGACACAAGGUUCACAUAUUUCCUUUUUAAUCACUUGGAAAUUGCUUACUAACUGUUUUCAGAAUCCUUGGAACAACAGAUUUUACAGCAAUGAGUAAGUUUAGUUCUCAUUGCAAAACAAGGGGUUAAGUUUAAGGACUUAAAAAAACUUUCUGAUUAAAUAGCAAAAAAAUGAUGUAGAACACUGAUUUUGGAAAGUUACAAAUGGAGUAAGACUCCAGAUAAAUUUGAAAUAAAAAUUUCAAAUAUAAGAAUCCUUCCCCAGGGAAAAUGCUGUCCUUUUGAAUUCUUUAACAAAACAUUGUAAACAUUUUAAAAAUUGGAUGCUGGAAGGAACUGAAAAUUACAAUUAAAGGAGAGGACAUUUAAACUUGACUUACUAGUAUAGAAUGGAACAAAAUACUGUAAGAUUGGACUUUUUGAGGGAUAUUUGUGAACAAUAACCCAAAAGUUAAUUUUUGAAAUAUCUGCUGUUAUAAAUAGACUGUGUUUAAAAUAUGUUAUGGAAGAGGAACAAGUUUUCCUGGAUAAGACUGAGAUGACUUAAAAAUAAUUUAAAAGUGAUAGGCUACACAAAUGAUAUAGAAAAAAAUGCUACACUGGAUAUACAAAUAACAAAUGAAAAGAAUGAUCUGAAUAUCUACCCUAUAUUGGAUUUACCAGAGACUUGUUAAAGUUUUGAAGAAUUUCAUGAGAAGAAUUGUGAGACAGAAAAUAAACCAAGUUCUAAAACAUUAUUUGAAUGGAUUAAAAAUCAAGUCUGUUAAAAAUAAAAGGUAGAAAUAUAAAGUUGGUUUAUUUUAUAAAGUUAAAAUAAAUAUCUUUGGUAAUGCUUAAUGGACUUUUAUUGAUCAGUAAUGAAGUUUUAAGGAUUUGUUUAUAGAUGAGAUCUAGUAAGAGAUAAUUUGUAUCUUAAGAGAAGAUAAAAAGAUAUUUAAAUUGCUUAUGCAUGUGAUAAAGGAGUGGAGUCAUUUCUUUAUACUCAUUUUCCUUACAUUUUUUCUUUUUUGUUUUCUGCACUAUUUUCCUGUACAUUUUUAUUUUUUUCCUAGUUUGCAUUAGCAUUUAAAUUUUUAAUUGUAAUAUUUAAUAAAAUUACCACACAAAAUAAAAUACGGGAAUAUAUGAGAAAUACAGAAAUGUAUUUGGUUCACAAUGAAGUAUCUAUAGAUACAAUAUUUGCAGUAGGACUUUCAUCUUUUCAGUCAUAACUACAUUUGCCUUCCUCUUCCUACAUGUUUAGUUGUCUGAAAUAACAUUGCUCUUUGUACUGUUGAGACAAAAGACUGCUUUAUUUCCAUAAAUUAUCAGCUUUAUUUUCUGUAUUUUGAUAGCAUUUUGCAUUCACAGGUUACUUUCAUCCUUUAUCUGAAUUUAAACUUCCUGGUUUAGAAAGGAAUUCCAUUUCCCAGCUUGUUUUCAUUUUACUAGCAAUUCAAAACUUAGCACAAAUGUAAAUUAAAAUUUUUCAUUGGAAUAAACAAACCCUUCCAAUACCAA